AUGUUUAAUAAAACUAAGAAAUUCCUAACAUUAAUAUACCAACCGAUAAGACAUCCCUUUAAGACAUUUUAGAGAUCAUUUGAUAUAGAAUAAGAAUGGUCAAAUGUAAAAUUAGUCUUGAGACCUCAUAAAGGAAAAAUAAUGACACUUUUCGCUUUAAUUACUUAUCCUAUAUAUAAGGAUAUGUUUCAAACAAUUAGAAAUUCAUUUGUUUCGACAGUUUAGAGUGAACUGGGACCUGGUUAACCAUUUGAAGUCUUUAUUAACAGUUUUGUUAAAACUGAAGUUUAAACGAUUCUUAAAGAUCCUGUUGUUUAGCAGGAAUCAGUAGAUUUUGUGUAAAGAUUGGGAAAGCAGCAAUAAGUUUAAGACAGCAUUGUUACAUUAUUAAAAUAAUCUAUACAAGAUCCUUCAUUUUUAGAGGAUUCAAAAGUUUUUGGAAAGAAGUUAGUGUUGGAUUUGGUACAAGAUAAAUCAAUUUAAGAUUAAACUCAAAAAUUAAUAAUACAAGUAAUAAAUGAUCCAAUAUUCAAAUAUGAAGUGAAAGAAUUUUGUAAAUCCUUAUCAUAAGAACCUGAAAUAAAUUAAGCAGUUGCGGAAAUCUUAAAAAAUGCAGGUAUGGACCCAAGCUUUAGGGCUGCUUUUGCAAAUGCAUUCGCAUAUGCUUUCAAUGAUGUAUUAAUGAGAAAAGACACCACUGACAAAUUAAGAAUGUUUUUAUUAUUCUUAAUUGAGACUGAAAAGUCUUAAGAGUAAGGAAUAAAGGGAUUCUUAGACAUGAUUAUAGACAAAUUAUUAAAAAAAAAAACAAUGAUAAGCAAAGAAAAUGAAUUUGAUUCACUUUUGGAAAAACUCUUGGGAAAAGAAAAAUUGAAAAAUUUAGCUGAAGAACAUAAGUUUUAAGGACAACAACAUUCAGAUGUGUAUUGA